AUGACAAACUGGGUUGCUGAGAUUAAAAAUUCAUUGGAGGUUAGAGAUAAGUUUGAGAAAGAUGAUUCAGCCUAUCAUCAAGCAUUCAUGGGAUUGAAUGAUCAAUUACAACUACAUCAAUCGUUUGGUGUUUUGCAGACAUCGGGUAAUAGUAACGUAAUUGAUGAUUCACAAGCAAUGAUGCUGAGUAUAAUGUCUCAGAAUAUAUUGAAGGAAGACAUGCGAUUGAAGCAAGAGAAUCAAGAAUUGAUUGAUAAGUUGAAUGGAGCUACGUUUAAAUCAGAAAAGUUGGAAAGCAUGUUGAAGGAAAAACAAAGUGAUAUCAGAAAGCAAGACAAAACGAUAAGGAAAUUAAAUGAGUCGAUAAAGAACUUACAAACUGAAGUAAGAGAGAAAGAUAAAUUGGUUAAUGUUGCUAAUGAUGAGAUAUUAGCCAGGAAUGUUCAACUUGCUGUAUCGAAAAAUGAUAAAUAUGAUGCAGAACAAGAGAUUUUGAAAUUGAAAGCAAAAAUCAAGAAUUUAGAAACUAAUAAUGAUUAUUUGGAGAAGAAUCUUAAGUUAGUUAAUGAAAGAUUAUCACAAGUUAGUUCCCAUUAA